GUUAUAGUGUAAUUAAUUAGAUGGAGGUUUCUCUUCUCACUCUAAUAACAAGCUCGAGGUUUCAACUGCUUCUCGCAGUGUGCACUCUACUGGCGCUACCACAGCUCAUAUUCGCGAGCACGACGAGAUACUACAAUUUCGAUAUAAGACGACAAAAUGUGACGCGACUGUGCCACACGAGAAGCAUCCCGACAGUGAAUGGCCAGUUCCCGGGGCCUAAGAUCGUCGUCAGGGAGGGUGACCGCGUGAUCGUGAAGGUGACUAACAACAUUCUGAACAACGUCACUCUUCACUGGCACGGAGUUCGACAAUUACAAAGCGGUUGGUCCGAUGGCCCGGCCUACGUAACCCAAUGCCCGAUCCAAACGGGCCAAAGUUAUGCAUACAACUUCACCAUAGUGGGCCAAAGAGGGACUCUGUUUUGGCACGCCCACAUAUCUUGGAUGAGGUAUUCUCUGUAUGGGCCAAUCAUUAUUCUCCCCAAAAUUGGUCUCCCUUACCCCUUUCCUAAACCCUACAAGGAAGUGCCAAUUAUCUUCGGGGAGUGGUUUAAUGUUGACCCUGAAGCAGUUAUUGCGCAGGCCUUGCGAACGGGCGGUAGCCCAAAUGUGUCCGACGCGUACAUCAUUAAUGGGCUUCCCGGCCCAUUGUAUAAUUGUUCGAGCAAUGGUAAUAUUACCAAACAAAGUGCACCAUCAGACACAUUCAAACUGAAGGUGAAGCCCGGGAAAACGUAUCUCCUCCGCAUGAUAAACGCUGCACUCAACGACGAGCUCUUCUUCAGCAUUGCCAACCACACCCUCACCAUUGUCGACGUCGACGGCGUCUACGUCAAGCCCUUCAACUCCAACGUCAUCCUCAUCACCCCUGGUCAAACCACCAACGUCCUACUCCGCACCAAACCCACGGCCCCAAACGCAUUUUUCCUCAUGGCGGCGCGUCCUUACGCCACGGGCCUCGGCACCUUCGACAACACCACCACCUCCGCCAUCCUCGAAUACCGUCCUAAGCCAUCCAAAUAUUACAACAUUACAUUCCCACUAUUUAAACCGACGCUGCCUGUGCUAAACGACACCGUCUUUGCCGCAAACUUUAGCAGUAACCUACGCAGCCUAGCGAACAGGCAGUACCCCGCCAACGUGCCGCAGAACGUGGACAAGCGCUUCUUCUUCACCGUCGGGCUCGGCACGAGCCCGUGCCCGCACAACCGAACAUGUCAGGGACCCAACGGAACAAAAUUCGCUGCCACAGUCAACAACAUCUCGUGGGCCCUACCCGACACGGCCAUUUUACAGGCCCAUUUCUACGGUAGGUCCAACGGGAUCUACGCAACGGAUUUUCCGGUCCAACCCCCCUUUCCGUUCAACUACACGGGGACGCCGCCGAACAACACACUGGUGAGCAACGGAACGAAGGUGGUGGUGGUACCGUUUAAUACGAGUGUGGAGUUAGUUAUGCAGGAUACUAGUGUACUAGGCGCGGAGAGCCACCCCUUGCACCUGCACGGGUUCAAUUUCUUUGUAGUGGGUCAAGGGUUCGGGAAUUAUGACACGGUGAACGACCCGGCCCGGUUCAAUUUGGUCGACCCGGUUGAGAGGAACACAGUCGGGGUUCCUGAUGGGGGGUGGGUCGCCAUCCGUUUUUUCGCCGACAAUCCGGGUGUAUGGCUGAUGCAUUGCCACCUAGACGUGCACACCAGCUGGGGGCUGAGGAUGGCGUGGGUGGUGAACGAUGGGCCCCUCCCUAAUCAAAAGCUGCCUCCUCCGCCGUCCGAUCUUCCCGAGUGUUGAAGAUCGACUGGGGGCGAAGUUUGGUGUCAACUUCUUAUAUCUCUAUCUUCCGCUCACCAAUUUAUAACGCAGGGCUUCAUUUGCAUGGUUUUUUUUUGCAUUUUUUGUUAAUUUCUUUACAUCUUUGAAAACAGGAGAAACACAGAUAGAUUUGUUUUAGGCGCUUUAUUAGAGUUUUUCCAGAUGCCAUGGUGAUAAAAAUAUAAUCAUGCCAAACUUGUGUCAUCUCAUUUGUCU